UCUUAAAAUAUGUUAAUCCAAACAGGAUGUAAACAAAAGCGACCUAGCAACUCAAGCUUAGCAGACAGCGUGAGUGUUCCGAUGAGAUUAUAAUUUUGUUUCACUUAUUUACCAUAAAAGUGGAACAAAGAUAAUGGCAUUCUUCGGGCUCAGUCAGCUGGGGUAUCAAAAUACCAUAAGGGAGGGGUCCGCACGAGCAAAGGCCGAUCCACAAAGGGCUAAAACUCAACUUGGCUUCGUGGCGCUACCUCCAUUACAAGACAAGAAUCCACCGCGACGAUCAAUUGUUCCAAUAAACCAGGUAUCUGGAUACGGUCCGGGACCCGUAGGAUCGUACGUUGAACACACAAGAAUGAGAACGAAACACAUCAGGAACCCAAGAGAGCCUAUUGAGUUGUACCGUAUCCCACUGACUACCUCCUCACAGCUAGGCUGGUGGCGAACAGAUGAGCCCCUCAAAGAACGUCAGCCAUGGACAUAUGUCAAGAGGAAUGUCUCGGUUAACAGUGAGAUGACAAGAUUUGUAAACGAGAUGAGCCUUACCAACCGAGAAUUCACACUGUUCUAAAAGAAUUACCCACUCCCUCCUGAUUUGUCCUGGAACCCAGUGAAAGCCUAACAUUUAAAUCCAGGGACCAUUACAGUAUUCACCAUUUGUGUUACGGAGUGAGAGUGAAAGUCUAGGAAUAUUGAUGUUACGUAAAGUGUGUAUGGGUGAUAGAAGUAAAAGCUAUGAAAAAUAUUAAAGUAUUAAUUUCCUCUACACAGAUAAACAUUAAAUCUGAGAACAGAACAAUUUUCUUGAAGUUUGUUACAUUCUACUUUUAAUCAUGUUUUUCUGAAUUCUGUGAUAUUAAGAUUCUGGAGAAAAAUGCUCCCCAAGCCUAACUUGUUGAGAUAGAAAACAUCCAGUUGCACUGUUUGUCUAUGAAAAAAAUAUAAUCUGUUUAUGAAAAGUUACAGAUUAUUUUCAACUAUGACUUAAAAGUGGAAUCAUGUUUAUAAAUAUUAAUGUAAAGGAAAUAUAUAGUUAUAAAUCUUUGUUGUAGCAGAGAAAAAAUAUUUUAUCACUAAUUUGAUUUCAAAUGCUUUAUAACCUAUAAAAUUAGGUUUUUGUUUUCCUAUAUAUCAUAUACAGGCUUUUUAUUAACUUGUUAUAGACUUAAUAAUGUCCAUUUCAGUAUAUAUAUAUAUAUAUAAGUAAAAUUUCAAUGGUUAGUUUUUAUGGUGACUUUGUACUUGGAAAGGGGUCAACUUGUGGCUAUGUAUUACUAACACAAUUUUAAAAAAAAUCUUUAUUUAUUUUUUAAUCAUUAGUAGAGGAAAAUUUUUAAUAUUGUGGUUUUAGCUGUACUGGCACAGCAGAAACUUAUUACACUUUAGUAUGUUGUUUAAAUAAAACAACAACAAAAAAGUUGAAUAGAUUCAGUAUUGACUUUUUUCAGGAUAUAUCAAUAUAUAUAUACAUAUUAUUACGUACAUAGGUAAAGCUAAACUAACAGUUGGCUAGUCUUUAUUUUUUUGUUUUGUUUUUGCUCAAAAGUAGAUUGUUUUAUUUUAAAUAUUCUAUACUUCUUGAAUAUCAUGCUAUAUCGAGUUCUGAUUUAGAAGAACAAUUUUCAUUUUCAAUUUUGGAAGUCACUUCAUCUCAUAUCAUUGCAUGAUCUUUUCAUUUUUCAUAUACAAAGAGAAUUAUAUUAUACAUUUAUAUAGAUAUACCAGAAAAUUAUUUUAAUUAUAUUUCUACACUAGAGAACGCUUUAUGUUUACUUUUACACAAAUAUCUUUGUCGUAGAUUUCUUGUGAUUUUGUGAUGAAUUUAAACCCAAUCCUACACUAUGAUAGCAUAAUUCAUUCAGAUGCAAUACUAAGGAUGAAUUGCAAUAAAGAAAACAUUAUUUUUAGUAGAAACUAUGAUUCGUGAAUUCAAUGAAACCACAUCUCUUUAUUGUAUAAAUCAUUUCAGAUAAAAAGAUUUGGAUUGAUGCAUGUGGAAUGUUGUUUUUCGCAGCCAAUUCUAGAUAAGAUUAAAGUUAUUAAAAUGGUUUCAUCAUGUAGAGAUUAAAAAUUAAUGUAAUUACAAAAUUUAAUACAAUUUUAAAAACAAAACAAUGAUGUAUAUGUAGCAAAUUGUGUAUAUAUAUAUAUUUUUUUUCUUUUACAUUACAUAUAUAUCAUUUCUUUGAAGUCUCACAAAUGUUUUGGCGGUCCAGAUAUUAAUUCUGACUGCAUCAAUGGUAUAAAAAUGUUAUAUAAAUAUACCUUGCACUGAUUGCAGUUUUGGUUAAGAUUUGUAAUGCAAACAGUAUUCACCUGUUGAAAUCAAAAUAUAAAACAAAAGAAAGUGGU